AUGGCCUUGAGAAUCUCUUUAUCUUUGCUUCUCUUCUUGUUUCCCGUUUUAGCUCUCUCUUCUGUAGAAUUCAUCUUCAAUGGAUUCAAUGAAUCCCAGCUCAGAAAUUCACAAGGUCUAGACCUGGAGGAGGCUACAGUCUAUAAACCCAAUGGAGCACUCAGACUCACAAAUACAUCUCAGUAUUUUAUUGGCCAUGCAUUUUAUUCGCUACCAAUACAACCCAAAAAUUCUUCUUUCAGUACACAUUUUGUUUUUACAAUAGUUACUGAAACUCCAGGCCACGGAGGCUAUGGCCUUGCCUUCACAAUUGCUCCUUCAACGACACUUCCAGAGGCUGAGCCUGGACAUUACUUGGGGCUUUUCAACUUAUCUAACGAUGGCAAUUCCACCAACCAUAUAUUUCCAGUUGAGUUUGACACAGUUAAUGGUCAUAAUGAUGCCUCAGACUCUAAAGGAAACCAUGUUGGAAUCAACAUCAAUAGCAUGCGUUCGGAAUCUGUAGAGCCGGCCGCUUAUUAUGACGACACAAAGGAAGAGAUUUCCCUGGAGAGUGGCAGUGCCAUCCAAGCCCGGAUAGAGUAUGACGUUAUGAAUCAACCUGUGAAUGUAACAAUAUGCCCUAUGUGGAAAAACAAGCCCUCUGUGCCUCUCAUCUCUUUUUCCUCAGAUAAACUUUCAACUGUUUUCACUGAAAACAUGUAUGUCGGUUUCUCAGCAGCCACAGGAGCAAAAGCCAGCUCUCAUUACAUUUUGGGAUGGAGUUUUUCCAUGAAUGGAGUAGCUACUCCUCUCAAUCUUUCAGAACUUCCAGAGCCACCAGCAGUCAAGAAACGAUCAUCAUCUACUUUCAAACUUCACGUCAGUAUUCUUAUUGCUGCGUUAUCCGCGGUUCUUAUUCUAUUGUUGGGACUUUUAGUUUGUUUCAAACUAUAUAGACGAAUAACGCAGUUUGAGAUUCUUGAAGAUUGGGAGUUGGAUUGUCCUCACAGGUUCAAAUACAAAGAUCUUCACAUCGCUACAAAGGGUUUCAAAGAGAUUGAACUGUUAGGAAUCGGUGGUUUUGGUGCAGUUUAUAAAGGAGUUUUGCCUUCAACUGGAACCCAAGUUGCUGUAAAGAAGAUUUCACCCAAUUCAAUCCAAGGAAUGAGAGAAUUUGCAACAGAAAUCGACUGUUUAGGACGAUUGAGGCAUAAACAUUUGGUCAAUCUCCAGGGCUGGUGCAAGCGAAAGAAUGAUCUUUUACUAAUCUACGAUUACAUUCCAAAUGGAAGCCUCGACUCUCUCCUCUUCGAUUCCGAAAACAAAUUUAUAUUGAGCUGGGAACAAAGAUUCAACAUCAUCAAAGGCGUCGCCUCGGGGCUCUUAUACUUACACGAAGAAUGGGAACAAGUAGUAAUCCACCGCGACGUGAAGUCCAGCAAUGUGUUAAUCGAUGCUGACAUGAACGCACGAUUAGGAGACUUCGGGCUCGCCAGGCUUUACGAUCACGGCAAACUGUCACACACCACAAAUGUUGUCGGCACCGUCGGCUACAUUGCUCUUGAACUAGCCCGAACCGGGAAGGCGUCAACAAGAACAGAUGUUUAUUCAUAUGGGGUUUUGCUUCUGGAAGUUGCUACAGGAAAAAGGCCACUUGGAUCAGAUAAUUUUAUACUGGUAGACUGGGUUCUGGAGUUUCAGCAAUUGGGUCAAAUUCUUGAUGUGGUUGAUCCGAAACUGGGUUCGGAUUACGUAGUUGAAGAGAUGGAGUUGGUAUUGGGACUGGCGCUGCUUUGCUGCCAUCACAUUCCUGAAGUUAGGCCUACAAUGAGACAAGUUUUGCGGUAUCUUAAUGGCGAUGACUUGCUUCCCCUUAUUCAUUGGACUUCGGUUGAUUCUCAACGUUCUGGAAUGAGCUUAGCGUUCCUGGAAAUUAUGUCUAAAGAGUAUUCACAUGUUUCAUCCUCCAUAGGUGGCUUCUCUACUAGCUCCUUAGAUGCUGCAGAUGAAAGUGCCAUCAAAUCCGGAUGA